AUCUCAUACGGCAAUUUUUACAAAUGCGAGCCACUCAAGUUGGGAAGAAGAUAAUGGCGAAGGCGAGAUGAUGGUAUACGUGAAAGAGUUAAAUCAGCCCGAGUAGAAGAUAAUGGUAAUAUAUGGGGCAAAAGUGUUGCUGCCUUUAAUGCCUGCUGUUAAUGUGGCGAGACCGAUCGUAAUAGUUGCUCCAACAAAGUGGUUCGGUCGGCGUUGAGUGGCAGAAGAAGCAGUAUUGUGAGUAUGGUGAGCUCAGCCGCCGCAGCGGCCGCCAUAGCUUGUGCUUGUGCUCGUGCUUGUGCUCAGGAGCCGCCUCAACCGGAGACUCUCUCCAACAUACCUCAGACACUUUCCGGUGAAUGUCCGUCGCCCGGCAACUGCCGGAAACCCAAAAUCCAAAGACCUAAGUCCAGAAAAGCCGAAUCCUGCACAAGCAAGUGCGUCACCACUUGCAUCCAAGGCGGCGACGGUUCUCCCGGUGAAGGCCCUUUCAAUGUCAGAAGACCUCUGGUUGUUUUCAAGCAAGGGUUUCGAACUCGUCAAUACUGCCUGGUGGAGUGUACAGAUAUAUGCAAUUUGAUAGGUGAUGGUGACGAUGGACCUUGAAUUUUGUUUUUGUUUUUCGGUUGAUAGCACCAGCUAUUUAAAAAUUAAAUAUGGUUUGUCAUGCUUCAGUUUCUGUGAAAAAUGUUCCUUAUUUUAUCUUGGGAAAAUAUUUUUAAAAAAAACCUCAGAAGUCAGAAAUCGCAUAAUCCCAGAAUGAGAAAUUUCUACAGCCAGGUAUUGUUACUUUUAGCGUAGUCAAAACUUGUUAAAAUACAAAAAACAAACUUAAUAGUAAUUUUCAAAUUCUUUUUUUAUGUCAUUUUUUCUUUUUAUAUUUUUAUUGGAAAAAAACAUUCCAACAACAACAACAUAAAAUUCUUUAUAAUAUCCUAGUCAAACAGGAGUUUCUCUAAUUUAUUACAUUUCCAAGAUAAAAAACUUUGUUGAUGCAUUGAAUGAAAAUAUUUUUAUGUUCAUGGAACCUGUAUGACUUCUAGACUAAAUGAAUUUAAUGUUCUAAUUAACGGUGACUCAUUCUUGCGUGUGACCCAGUAAGGUCACAUAACGUUUGCAGUGGGUCCAAAUUAAAGUGGUAAAAGAUGAAAGGUCUUUCACAAGUCUCGGAAUGUCAUUUCUUGAUAUCUCAAUUAUUAAUAAAUCUUAAAGGAAUGUUUAGUGGAAGGUGAUUACUGGUUAGAAAGUGUUGUGUUUGUGGAUGUAGUUUUAAGGCAUUUGAUUACCAAUGACAACUUUAUCUAAUCUGUUCCGAUAUCAAGAUUGGCAUUUCUUUUUUGUCUUCUUUUCCAUUUCCUUCCUCCCUUGUCUUGUGUUUGGUGCUUUCAAGGUCAUUGUAUAGCACACUUUAGCUCAGAUGAUCAAUUUUGAUAGGAUUAAGGUUUGAUUUUAUCCCA